AUGACUGCUGAAAUCGAAGCACACGAAGUGUCCCACAGCGGGGGUAAAACCGCUUUCAAAGAUUACUUGGGUAAAUUCGCCGAUGUCGAAGACCCGUUGGAAAGAAGACGUUUGGCCUUGGAGGAAAUCGACAAAGCCGGCUUUGGCUGGACCCAGAUCAAGAUGAUUAUGAUUGCUGGUGUUGGUUUCAUGACUGAUUCCUAUGAUAUUUUCGCCAUUAACUUGUCCAUCAACAUGUUGCAGUAUGUCUACUGGAAUGGGACCAUUCCGGACUCCACCACCACCUUGAUUAAAGUCUCCACCUCCGUUGGUACCGUUAUUGGACAAGUUGGUUUUGGUACCUUUGCCGACAAGGUUGGGCGUAAGAAGAUCUAUGGUUUGGAGUUGAUUGUGAUGAUUUUUGCUACCGUUUUCCAGUGUACCCUUGGUGAGUCUCCUGCUGUCAGUUUUGUUGCCAUUUUCUCCACCAUGAGAAUCUUGAUGGGUAUUGGUAUUGGUGGUGACUACCCGUUGUCCUCAAUCAUUUCUGCUGAGUUUUCCACCACCAAGUGGAGAGGUGCCAUCAUGGCCGCUGUUUUCUCCAAUCAAGGUUUGGGCCAAGUCUUUGCCGGUAUUGUUGCCAUGAUCUGUGUUGCUGGCUACAAGGACGACUUGAUCAUUGCUGAGAAGGGUUCCGAAUGUGUUGGCAGAUGUCGUAGAGCUGCCGAUCAAAUGUGGAGAAUCAUUAUUGGUUUCGGCUGUGUUCCUGGUGUGAUUGCUUUGUACUACAGAUUGACCAUUGCUGAGUCCCCAAGAUACUCCCUUGAUGUCAACGAAAUUGAAGGUCUUGAAAAGGUUGCUGAUGCCGAAGCUGCUCUUGAUGUGCAUGCGCAAGAGAUUGCCCCACCAAAGGCUUCAUUCAAGGACUUUGUCCACCACUUUGGUCAAUGGAGAUACGGUAAGAUAUUGUUGGGUACUGCUGGUUCCUGGUUCAUGUUGGAUGUUGCCUACUACGGUUUGGGGUUGAACACCACCACCAUCUUGCAAACCAUUGGUUACGCUGGUCAAAGCAAUGUCUAUGAGAAAUUGUACAACUCUGCUGCUGGUAACUUGAUUUUGGUCUGUGCUGGUUCCUUGCCAGGUUACUGGUUCACCGUUGCCACUGUUGACACUGUUGGUAGAAAGCCGAUCCAAUUGGGUGGUUUCAUCAUCUUGACUGUUUUGUUGUGUAUCAUGGGUUUUGCCUACCACCAGGUUGGUGACAAUGGUUUGUUGGCUUUGUUUGUCCUUGCCCAGUUCUUCCAAAACUUUGGUCCAAACAGUACUACUUUUAUUGUUCCAGGUGAGUGUUUCCCAACCAGAUACAGAUCCACUGCUCAUGGUCUCUCUGCUGCUUCUGGUAAAAUUGGUGCUAUCAUUGCUCAGACAUGUAUUGGUACAUUGGUCAAUCAUGGAUGUGACAAGGAGCAUAAAAAUUGCUUCUUGCCUCAUGUCCUUGAGAUCUUUGCCCUAUUCAUGUUGUUGGGUAUAUUUACAACUUUGCUUAUUCCAGAAACAAAGAGAAGAACUUUGGAAGAAAUCUCUGAAACUUGUCAUGGGGAAGUUGACACUACAAAACUUGGCGCUGAUAGAUUUCAAAAGGAUGAACAGCCUUAUGAUUCUGAAGAAAAGAUUUAG